AUGGAGAAAUCAGAGUUGAUCUCUGAUUCUUUCUCAUGGACAUUGGCCCUCGUUAAUCAAAUGAAGGCUAAUGGUGAGAAAAUUAGUGAUCAACAUAUUGUCGAGAAGGAUGAUAGAAAGAGUACCUCCAAUAAUUCUUAUCAAAAAGGAAGAGAUUCCAAGUCUCAAGGGCAUCAGGAGAAGAAGUCCGGCAAAGCUAAAGAUAAACCCCGUAUUCAAAGCUUCAAUUGCAAGAAGUAUGGGUAUCGUAAGUCUCAGUGCUACAGCAAGAAGGGAGAAGGUAGAACUUUGUAUGCUAAAGUUGUAAGAUCUGCUGACAGUGAUGAUGAAUUAGAGAGAGCUUUAUUGUUCAUAUGUGAUGUUGUUGUGGAGGACCGAAAGAAUAUAUGGUUCCUUGACAUAGGAUGUAGCAAUCAUAUGUGUGGACAGAAGGAGUUGUUCUCAAAGCUAGAUGACACUGUCAGGUCAGAGGUGAAGUUCGAGAAUAAUAUGAAAAUUCCUAUCAUGAAAAAUGGAUACAUCACCAUCAAAGCAAAUGAUGGGUCUGAUCGAUGCAUAACUGAUGUGUAUUAUGUUUUGGGUCUUCAUCAAAAUCUUCUUAGCAUGGGACAGUUGUUCGAGCAUGGCUAUAAUAUGCAGAUUAGUGACGGGUUAUGCACGAUCAGAGAUAGGCAACAAGGCCUAAUUGCAAAGGUGAAAAAGUUCUCUGAUCAACCUUUUCCUUUGCACAUUAGAUAUGCUACUUCGUGCUUCAAUUCUACUAUCCAAGAUUCCUCUUGGUUGUGGCACAUGCAUUUUGGGCAUAUGAACUUUGAUAGCUUGAAAUUACUAAGCCGCAAGCAGAUGGUGUCUGGCUUACCGAAGAUAUCUUCUCUGAAAGAUGUGGGUGAGAUGUGUGUGGUUGAGAAGAAAUGCAGGGAGGUGUUCUCUUCCGGACAAUCUUAG